UGCUCGGGGUUGAUUUGAAUCGGGGUUUCGAGUUGAGUUUUGGUUGAUUUGAAACGGAAUUCCUUGGGUUCCGAAAUUGAUCUCAAGCGAGGGUUCGAAUUGAGUCCUUGAUUAUUCUGAAUUGGGGAUUCGAAUUUUUUAUUGUUCUGAAUCGGGGGAAGUUGUGGGACAUAUUCUGCACGCACACACAUCAACAUGUCAUGUGAUUCGAAGUUAAAAAAUUGUGAUGGCACAUCUAGCUGAGAGUGAUUUCUGUCGCAGCAAAUACGAUUGUGUGUUGUGAAUUUGGCGAUGUACAAUGUUCAUGACAUUCCCAUUAGAAAUUUAUUGAAAAUUUCCUUGCUUAGCUUACAAGCCAAAUUAGCAUGAUUUUCUCGGAAUACUAUACUAGAUAGCUACUGUUUGAAAAUGCUAGCAACCAAAUAUUAAUGUGAUUAUGCAUAGAACGGUACACCCUCCCUGUUUAAGACAACAAAACCACAAAAUCAUCUCUACUCACAGGUCCGGUGUUCCAGUGGAAGCAGUCACGCACAUCACAAGCUACAGGGUACUGGAAUAUGAUAUGGAUUAUGCACCACAUCCUCGGUUACACCACAUAAAGCACAGUUCGCAUCUCCCAGCCAACUUUAGCAGAUUGAUUCUUCCUCUUAAACACAUCCAAAGAAAUCUUAUUUUGCAAAGGGAUCUUGGCCUUCCAAACAUCCGUUAUCCUCUGUGCGACGGUGAACAUGGCUGAUUUAUCAUAGGUAAUGGUGAACAUGGCUGAUUUAGUGAAAGCCCCAACUAGUACUAUCUUGGCUCUCUUCAAGGAUAAUACCUGCUAAUUCCUCCUCUGUAUAAUCUCGUACAAUUCCCUCUUUCCAAAGUAUGUCCUGAAAUUUAAACCCUGUAAAAAUCAUAAAGAUAUAUUUUCCUUACUGUUUUGUAUGGCUCCAUGGUACUGCACAUUCAUCGGACACUGACCAAGGCAAGGAUCAGUCAAAAAGUACACAGAUCUACCAUUAUGGAUAUUGUUUACCAACCCAGUGUGCAACCAAUCCUUGAUCAAGUGUUAGCCCUUUCAAAAUUGUGAAGCUAAGUCAUUGUUAGAUUGAAGAAAACAAUGCUCGUUUAGCAUAAGUUGACGUCCUGAUGUGGAGCUACCUGAAAACAGAAAGGCAUCAACACAUGUAGCAAGGACCGGAAAGAUGCAGAAAAAUAAGAGGGCGAGUGGUCACGCAAGUAGCUUGAGAAAGGUGCAAAGCACCAUCAAAAAGAAGGAAAAAAUUGGAAGUAGUCGCAAAAGAGGCAUUACUACUCGGAAAGGACACCUGAGAGAGAAUAUAUUUGGCUACUCAUCGCCUGAUCGGGAUAUUUCUAGCACCAAGUUCGAAGAGCGACAAUUUGGCAAUGUAUAUGAACCUGGUCAAGCUGACUGGUGUGAACUAAGUAAAAGACUAGCUUCACAUUUGUCUGUGGAAGUUGUCUCACUUGCUUUGUUCGAUGGAGAUAAGAUGUUAUAUGCAUGCACGGGUAUAGUUCUACCACGUGGGACAUCAAGACUGGACCUAACAAGAUUCCUGACUUCAUCACAGUUGGUUGCAGUCUUUAAUUUUAAAAGAAACAAGGAUGAUAAAUUGAGGGUUUUGGUGCGCCUUCCUGACAAAAAAACUAUACCUGGGAUCUUAGGACUAUAUGAUAAAUAUAUUGCUAUUGUUACAUCCGAAUACUUCCAAGAUGUUAUGCCAUUAGACAUGUAUCAGCAAACAUAUCUGCCUAAUCCUUCGACGAUGGUAGCUGCUGGGCGUGCCUACAAUUCAAGCAGUUUGAUGGGCACGAUUGGGGAGCUGACUGAUAUAGGAGCUGAUUAUGAAGAUCUUGUGGCCUCUAACUGUCAGAUCACAGAGGCUGGACUUGGAGGGCCACUCAUUGAUCUUGCUGGCAAUUUUGUUGGGAUCAACAUUUGUUUUCAUGGUGAUACGCAAAGGCCUUUGUUUCUACCAAGGAUAUUGCUUCGUCAACGCUUGGAGCAAUAUGAGGUGCUCAUUCCUGGAAAAGGUUAUGGAGAGAAAAUGCCACCUUAUUGUGCAGGUUUGUUAAUGGGAAAAACCAGCAAUAGCAGGCAGGGAUCUUAUGAACCUCCUCCAGGUGCUUCCAGAAUAAUCCCUUCAGGAUUUAUGGAUACCUGGGAGUGGCUAGAAUCCAUGGGCUACCCUAAACCACCACCACUUAUGCUGGAAUUGAAUGGGCGCCUGGUUAGGACAUUUGAGGAAGUGUUUGGUUGGUUACAUGCUUGGAAAGGUUAUAAAAACUUCGAUAUGUUGCACGGUCAUGGAAAGAAUGCCUGGCAGAGGCUUGAUAAGAAGAUAGUUGCAACUAUAUCCAAUCGUGUUAUCUCACUUGUUUCGUUCAAUGGAGAGGGUACGAGUUUUUUUUCAUGCUCAGGCUUCCUUAUAAGGGGUCCGCCAAGAAAAGGGCGCACACGCAAUGUGAUUGUGACUUCGGCCAGUUUGGUUAGAACUUGUGAUGUUACAGACAAAUUUGAUGAGAAUAUGAGGAUUGAGGUGUUUCUCCCACCGAAUCAGCGCUUGAAUGGGACACUGGAAUCAUAUCAUUCCGGAUAUAAUAUUGCUAUUGUCACUGUUAAGGGUUUGCGUGAUAUUUGUCCAGAAGAUAUGAAAUUUGAUGAUCCCAUGAGUAACCAAGAGAAUCCUUUACCCAGAAGGGUGGUAGCUAUAGGGCGUGAGCCCAAAGGAGUGUUGUGUGCCUCAAUGGGUGAACCUAUACUUUGUGAUGAAGACCUGCACUGGCCUAGCACAUUUGGUUGCCAGCAACUUAAGCUGUCCAAUUGUAAAAUCACGAAGGUUGGUAUUGGAGGCCCCCUGAUAAACUUCUUUAAUGGGCGUCUUGUUGGCAUGAACUUUUGUGAUGGAAGGCCUGAUAGAACUCCCUACCUGCCUUGUAAGCAAAUUCGUGAAGUCUUACAUAGCACAUGGCGCUUAACUACCGACCGCUCUGUGCUCAGAUUGGACAAACCAGAUGUGAACAACAAAUGCAGAUGGCCAGUGCCCAAGCCAUAUUGGUAUCACGGUCUUCUCGAGAUGAAUAGGUUUGGUCCGAUGCCCAUGAUAGGAUGGGUUCGCCAGUAGGCUCGCACCACAUACUGUUAAUUGAAGUUUAUGUCUACCGCUUAUUCCCUGUUUGUAACAAAGUACUGCGUUCCUAAAUAUAAGACCUUUUAGAGAUUCCAAUAUGGACUACAAAGCAAAAUGAGUGAAUCUACACUAUAAAAUAUGUUUAUAUACAUCCGUAUGUAGUUUGUAUUUAAAUCUCUAAGAGUAUCUCCAACA